CCUUGAGAUGCUUUGAACUGCAACUCCCAUCAACCCCACCUGGUAAGAGGGGGAGGAUCAGUCUAGGUAAUUGGAGCACCUGCCAAGAGGCCUGGUUGCUUUAAAAGGCCCUACCCUCAAGAAUGUGUUAGAUUUGGAAACUCCCAGACUCUUUGCACCAGCUGCUGUGCUUAAGAAACCUAUUGUUUUGACACUUCUGCAAUUUAGCAUGCCUUAUAUUGACUGCUGUUUAUUUCCUGCACUUGCCUAGCAUGUUUUGCACAACGGCUCUCUAACUGUGCCCUUUUUAAUCAGACUGCUCUGGAAACAUUUUAUCUUAUCUGACUCAGGUAUGUUAGCAACUGAUAAGCAACAUUGUCAACCAAUAACAUCUCAAUGCCUAAUGCUGUGUCUGUUUUGUCGCAAAUUUUUAGCACAUUCUAGCAUAAGUGACAUUGGAAAGCGCUAUUUUAUUUGGAGCACUGUAUUCUGUUCUACAAUUCAUUGAUGCUAUCCAGAUUUGCAGGGCUGACCCAAAACUAUUCUUUGCUGCCCUAGGCAUAGCAAUGCCAGAGAAAUCUGAUGAAAACAGAAACAUGAGCAGAAACUGCCAAGGUUUUCUUAUUCAUCCCAAAUCCAGAACAGAAACCAACCUAUUGAAUACAAUCAGCACUUGGUGCUGUUGUUUCCAGUCUGCAAAUGAUACAUAAUUGAUUAUUCCCAAAAUUUGCAUUGUGUUUGCGUUAUAAUGAAUUGGGCAGAAUAAUGUAAUGACAAAGUAACUGACACAAAUAAUUAUGUAGGUGAUGUAUUUUUUCCACAGCAGAUAGUGAGACAAAUAAUAUGAGAUCCAGCGUCGAGGGCCUUCUGCAGGUUCCCUCCCUGCGAGAAGUGAGGUUACAGGGAACCAGGCAGAGGGCCUUCUCAGUAGUGGCACCCUCCUUGUGGAACGCCCUCCCAUCAGAUGUCAAGGAAAUAAACAACUAUCUGACUUUUAGAAGACAUCUGAAGGCAGCCCUGUUUAAGGAAGUUUUUAACGUUUGAUGUUUUUCGUGCUUUUAAUAUUCUGUUGGGAGCCGCCCAGAGUGGCUGGGGGAACCCAGCCAGAUGGGUGGGGUAUAAAUAAUAAAUAUUAUUUAAUAAUAAUAAUAUAAUCAUCAUCUUCAAGGGCAGCCUCAUGAAGAUCACACGGCAGUCAUCUAACCUGGAGGCUGCCAGAAUGUGGAUCAUUAUGGCCAGGCUACUCCUUCCCAGAAAUAGCCCCAGCUGAAGUUUGUGAACGCACACUAAUAUGACUGAGGCUGCCUGAUCCUCUAGUCACAAAGCUGGAUCUAAGAUUGCGAGCCCGUUCUUUUGCAGGAGGAAUGAAACUGGUGGCUCUACCUCCAUCCCUCUCACUUCUUCACCUUUCCGGCCCGGUGGCUAUCCCCAUCGCCAGAACCAUUUCCUCCCAUCACUUACUCAACUCUUGUGAAACUUGUCAGUUCACUUCCUCUUGGGGGUCCGUGGAAGUCAUUAAGAAAGAAAGCGAGGCAACAAACAAACAGACCCACAUUCACCACCUCCGCAAGUGGUGAUAUGCAAAUAUAGAAACGAGACGAGCUUCGGGGCACAGACGGCUGGAGAAGGCGGUGGCAGACAGAGAGAUUUCAAAGUCCGAAAGGGUAAGAGGGGAUGGCGGGUUCUUUGGAGAAGGGCUGUAGGUCAAUGGCAGAGGAGCUGCUUUGCAUGCACAAAGUCCCAUGUUCAAUCCGUUGGAAUUUCUAGGUAGGGAUAGGAGAGACUCCCCUGUCCCCAAAAACCCUGGAAAGAGGCUGCAAGUCAGUGGAGAGCCGACUGAGCUAGAUUGUCUGAUUUAGUAUAAGGCAGUGUUUCCUUUGGUGUCCCUGUAAUGGGACAACAAUCAGAGUGAAAAGCAGGAGGCAUCCUUAACAGGGCAUAACUUAAGACAGGCAGAAUCGCUGCAGUGGGAAUUUACAGGGACCUUUCUCAAUGGCAGGUGCGGUUCUGGAAGAUGUGAAGCCAUGACAAAAAAUGAAGGGUUCCUUUGACCAUGUCUGGCAUGCAUGUUAUUAUUGGUUGGUUGGUUGAUUAGACUGUUUAUUCCACCUUUUCUCCAAGUGCACAAAGGGUGUGUGCAAGAUAGUCUCCCAUCCUUAUCUCCACAACAACCCUGUGUGGUAGGACAGCCUGCUGAGACAAAGAGCUAUAGUCACCCAUGGCUAUGUAGGGAUCUGAAACACUUUACCACCACAACUCACUAGAAUAGUUCUCCUUAGUCCUUUUUCAGCCCCCCCCCUUACAUUGCUUAAAUAAAGUAGUGAUUUGGGUAAGGGGUUGUGGGGACGAGCAUGCUAGAUCCCCCCCCCCCAGUUGUUUUCAUCACCUGGAAAAUUAAUGAACCAUAAUUUUGACAAAUUCAUCUGCUGCUCAGUUAGUUGGACCAAAAUAUAUCUGACCAAAAUAUUUUACAUUUAAUUGCUGUGGGUUUUUUCACUAUUUUCAGUGGCUUAAUCUGUGGUUUAAUGAAUUGACUAAGUAUCUGAAGCUGUACCUGUUUCUAAUCUGUACUGUGGCUUCAGUCCUAGAUACCCUAACCCCAGCAAACACUGGGUUGCAUCCAUACAUUUAAAGCACAUGAUUUCACACACACACACCUUGAAUCCUGGGAACUGUAGUUUGUUAAGGGUGCUGGGAAUUGUAGCUCUGUGUGAAGCCAAAACUACAGUUCCCAGGAGUCCAUGUGUUUUACAUGGAUGGUGUGGAUGUGACCACUGACACAUGCCUCUGAGAUGGGGCGGUGGGGAAAUUCAUUUGUUUCCAUUUAAAACCAAACUUACAUAAUUUUCAUUUUCCGAAACAAUAUGCAGACUGAAACACAGUCAUCCUCCAAAAUUCACACCUCUUCAGAUUUAGCAAGGUCAUUAUCCAGCUACAUAAUGUGUGCGUCGGUGAAUGUGCUUGGAUAAAAUAUGCCUAUAUUCAUGAACCCAACACAUAUUGGGGGAAAUUGCUUUGCAAAAAUGUGAAUAUUAAGCAAGAUUGAAAAAUUCAGACAAGAAUGCUGAAAAUUUUUCAGGAGGACUUCGUUUGGGCAGGAUAAAAAUAUAUAUUGUAAACUGACAAGGAAAUGUGGAGAAGUGACCUUAAGACUGAAAAAAAAAAAUAUGAGAAACUGGAAGAAACAAAAAUUUACAUAUUCACUCAUCACCCCUCUAAGCCAUUAAGAGGUUUCGCCUAAUGUUCAACUGAUAUCUAUCCUCCUGAAACUUUAAGCACAUGACAAUCCAGCUCCAGCCUCUUGCACAACAGAGAACAACCUCUCCUUUGCACAGGUGGAAAGAUCUGUCAGAUUCUCUUCUCUCAGUUUCUCAGGGUUCCCCGUCCCCAACCCCCCCCCCCUCAAUUUUGCUAUUUCUUUUUACUAAGUCCUCGCGAAAAUUCUCCAGCAUUUUAGUGUGAAUUUUUCUCUAAUAAACAUAUUUGUAUGCAGUUUUGACUAAUGCACUCAUGUCUGCAAGCAAAUUUUCCUGAUGCACUUUUGUAUCUUGUUUUCAUUAAUAUAUUCAUUCUUCUCCAUACUUCCCCCCCAACGUGCUGUAUGCAUUAUUGUGAAUGUUCUUUGGUUGGAGAACAGCAUUUUGUAUAAGUGAGAAUUCUGAAGGUUGGCUGUGUUUUGCUUCUCAUGCUAUUUCAGAAAGUGCCAAUGUGAUAAAUUCAGAUUUAAAUGUGAACCAAAUUGAAUUUCCCUUUCAUCCCUAGACCCUCAGGGAUCUGGAGUACCGUCCUCUCCCCUCUUAGUCUUCCCCCCUCCAGGCUAAAUAAGCUCAGUUCUGUCACUCUUAACUCAGAGAACUUUGUUUCCAUACCACUGACAAUCUUUAUUGCCCUCCUUUGAAGCUAUUUCAAUUUGUCUACCUCUUCCUUAAUUCGCCAGAACUAGACACAGCAGCUCUCUGUCUUCACCCAUUUUUCUUGUUGUCUUCCUCUCAGGCCAGUCCUUGGAGUGUAUUUGGCAUGCUACUAAAGUCACAUCCCUGUACUCCUAAAUGGGUGAAAUCUCAUGAUCCCAUCCCUAGACUGUAUUUGUUUGUUUGUGUUUUUAUUAUAUUUCCCCUCCACCCUAAGGUCCCAGAGAGGGCUAACAACAAUUAAUACAACUUAUAGUCACAAAAAUAGGGUGGGUCCUGAAAUAUACACAUCUCAGCUGUCAAAAGCCAGGGUAAAAAGGAAGUCUACUAACUCUCAACCCUCCACUUUUAAUUGAAGUGGCUGCUUUUAAUUCAGAAGCUACUUUUCUUUUCUUUUUAAUAAUAUAAUAAUUUAAUACUAAUUUAUUAUUCAUACCCUGCCCAUCUGGCUGGGUUUCCCCAGCCACUCUAGGCAGCUCCCAACAGAACACGAUAAAACAGCAAACAUUAAAAGCUUCCCUAAACAGGGCUGCCUUCAAAUGUCCUCUAAACGUCAGAUCAUUGUUCAUUCUCUGGACAUCUGAUGGGAGGGUGUUCCACAGGGCAGGCACCACUACCAAGAAGGCCCUUUGCCUGUAGUAGUAGUAGUAGUAGUAGUAGUAGUAAUAAUAAUAAAAAUAAUAAUUACAUGGAACUGACCAUCAAUAUUAUUGCUAGUCUGACCUCACCUCACUUAAAGUCCAACAUAUUCAUGUGCAUUUUCACAUGAAGGAAUACACAUCAGAAGUACUCCCGUGUGUUAAAUAGGAGAUGGCAAAGGCCAUCUGUGUAUGCUUAGUGCACUCUUGUCAUGGGGGGGGGGCAAGGCUUAGCCUUUCUAAAAGGAGGUUCUAAGUGACAAUAACCUGAUUCAGUUUCAGCUUUGACAGGUAUCAUCUGGGGGUGAGGGAGGAUGCCCUGAAUUUUUGGUUCUUGCAUGGAGAAACCACAAAGCCCAAACAUUCUGGAGAAAGAAGAACGGAUGUGAUAAGAACCACAUGACGUGGCAUACCGUAACCCCAGGGAAUUUACUUGCCAUGAAUACUACAAUUUUCCUGCCAGCAAACAGCUAGAGAGCAGUCUUGACUCAUAGAGCAUUGGGACAGACAGACCUUAGAAACAGCAUCCAACCCGCGUUUGAGUUCUGCUACAGGUGUUUGGUGUACACUACCCUUCUCCUGGGUGGGCAACCUCAGGCAUUGGGCCCAAAUACACCCCUCUAGGCCACACAUCCUUCCCAGACACACACCACACCAAUCUUGCUUCAAACCCUCAUUGAGCACUUUGAUCUGGCUGGAAUGUGGCCUUGGGCUCUGAUAAUGCCUUGUGUUUGUCUGAAUGUGUUUGUCUCAUGCUAUGUCUCAUGGAGCCCUUAUCCAGGGAUGCAGGUGGCACUGUGAUCUAAACCACUGACCCUCUUGGGCUUGUCGAUCAGAAGCUCGGCAGAUCGAAUCCCCGCAAACGGGGUGAGUUCCCGUUGUUCUGUUCCAGCUUCUGCCAACCUAGCCCUUCGAAAGUACGCCAGUGCUAGUAGAUAAAUAGGUACUGCUGAGGCAGGGAGGUAAACGGUGUUUAUGUGUGCUCUGGUUUCUGUCAUGGUGUCCCGUUGUGCCAGAAGCAGUUUAGUCAUGCUGGCCACAUGACCUGGAAAGCUUUCUGUAGACAAACGCCUGCUCCCUUGGCCUGAAAGCGAGAUGAGCACCUCAACCCCAUAGUCACCUUUGACUGAAAUUAACUGUCCAGGAGUCCUUUACCUUAUCAAGGUAAACCCAACAUAUUUGUUGGAACAUUGGUACUAUGAGCAAACAAACCAUUAUGGUGCAAAUCAAAUAUGAUACAAAUGUGAUACAUAGAUAUACAAUCUAUAUCUAUUGUAUUUAUCUGUCUGUACACAUAGAGAGAGACACACCUACUGAGGUUCUAGCACUGAUCAGAAUGGGUGUUUGCACUUAAUCUUUUAUCUAUGGGUUAUCUAUACCCAACAAGAUCCCCCCGCAGCUGCUUUUAACUUCUGAGAGGAAAAGGCACCACUGAUGCAAUGUUUUUGCUCCAUUGUUGCAGGGCAAACACAGAAAGGGAAAUGGGAAACGAUGGAGCUCCUCUCCAAGAAGAGUCUUGGUAGAGGGGCAUGCAUAAACACACCCCUAUGCACUCCUGUGCAUACACACACACACACUUCCCCCUUUCUCCCAUCGCAAAACAGUUGCCUCACCAUUUAUGUAAGAACUGCAAGGAAGUUGCUUCAUGGGCUUUAAAGAAACUAGAAGUCUUUGUUCUUUUAGUCGAAGGGAGCAUCGGACGUCACUGUCGAUUCAGGUGGCACAUCCUCUAUGAAAGUCCAUUGCUGCAGGAUGGGGGCAGCAAUCACGAAAUAUUUUGCUCCGCUAGAUUUGAAGCCUGCCCCCUUGAAGCAAAGCUCAAUGGCUUAAGAGUUUUGUGCUCCAAGUAUAGCAGAAAGAGCAGAUCAACGGGCAAUUCUAUUACUUAUUUAUUUCUACGCAUUGCAUUUCUGUCCCACCUUUUCUUCAAGGAGCUCAAGGUAAUAUCCAUGGUUCUUCCCUCCCCACCAUUUAAUACUCAAAAUGACCUUGCGAAUUAGGUUAGGCUGAGGGGUGGUGACCAACCUGAGGUCACACCCAGUGAGCUUCAUGCCUGAGGAACAGCUCCAGCCCACCCAUUAGGCAAGGUGAAGCAACCGCCUCAGGUGGCAGCAGAUCCCAGUGUAGAUCUUUGUUCCCUGCUUGAUCCCAUUGUACAACUUCAUUCACACCUUCAUCCCUGGCAGGGAGGGAAUUUGCAUUUUGUGGUCCGCCUUAGGUGCCAAAAUAUCUUCGGCUGUCCCUGCUGAGCAGGGAUUUGAACACCUCGUCUCCCAGGUCCUAAUCCGACGCUCUAGCGACACCCCACUGGACAGCAUCAAGCCUCCAUCCCACAAGUCCUUGGCCUCCUGGGCUUGGCUGGCUGGCAGCAGGUGAAGUAGAAGUGCCCCCUUGGCUACUCUGAUUAGCCUGCUAACACCCAGAGAAUAAGGAGACAACUCUCCCUUCCCUGUGAACUCUGUAUGAACUUGUGAUGGAGAAGUCAGUAUCAAAGAGUGAAACAGCUUAAGGAGAGGCAGCAAGCAACAGCAGCAUCUGCAAGAGAGCUAGCGGAAUGCCCCCCUGACCAGUCCCAUGCUAGAAGAAAUAAUAAUAAUAAUAAUAAUAAUAAUAAUAAUUUAUUUAUACCCAGCCACUCUGGGUGGCUUCCAACAGAAUUUUAAAAUACAAUAGUCUAUUAAACAUUAAAAGCUUCCCUAAACAGGGCUACAAAACCUCAAGGAAGCUCCUGUUUAAAUAUCCUAGCUCUGAAGUAUGGAGAGCUCCUGGUCAGUGUGCACACCACCAGGUUGGGUGAACCCAGUGGUCUGGCUCUAUCGAGGGGGAUAACUUCUCAGGUUCCAGCCCAAACGCCACCAGUUCGGCCCAUCAGCAAGCUGAAAGUUCAUAUUAAAAGCAAUGCUCUGCAAGUAGAGAGCAACAACCAAAUCAGAUAGGGCUUCAGGCAAGCCUUUUAGCUUAUCAGCAAUUAGCACCUGGUGUCAAGAGCAAGUUCGGGAGCAGUGGGGGGAAUCAGGCAUGGGUGUGGUCAUGCUCUGCAACCCUGUAGAAAUGUUUUCUGCCUCGAGUGUUGUUUUGCUCAGUCUUUUUGGAGAGCAAACCAAACUGAGCCACUAUCGCUACAGCAAGAAAGACUCGAACCUUUCCACUCAUUGUGCAUCCUUAACCAGCUUUGGGAACCAAGGAAAACAGACUUUUGUCUGGUAACACUAGCAUGUGCAUGGUUACAUUUAGCAGCCGCUUUGCACGAAAGGGAAAAUAGUCUCAAAGCUGCUAGAUGAGAAAAAUGCUAAUCAAGCUCUGGUCCAAGUUUGACUCGAGAAUAAAAUGUGUGCCCGCAGUCAUAAAAUUCUGAUGAUGUUUCUCUCCCUUCUUCUUCCCUACACAGUUCCUCCACUGCUGUCUGCCACCCAAGAGGACCAUGAGCACUUCCAACAUCACCCAGAAUGCAACAUCAGCGCUAUCGCCCUUGCCAGGCGCGGCGGUUGGCCUAACUGUGCUCUCUCUCGCCUUCAUUCUGGGCUUCCCUGGCAAUGCUUUUGUGGUUUGGAGCGCAGGCUGUGUUGUCCGCAAGCGUACGGUCACAUGCCUCCUCAUCCUUCACCUGGCCAUAGCUGACUUGGCAGUGCUGCUCACAGCACCCGUAUUCCUGCGGUUUCUAAGUGCUGGGAACUGGGAACUCGGCGAGGCGGUCUGCAAAGCCUGCCAUUACAUCUGUGGGGUCAGCAUGUACGGCAGCGUGUUUCUCAUCGCCCUCAUGAGCUUGGACCGCUGCUUAGCUAUCUCCAAGCCCUUCAUCUCACAGAAGAUACGCACCAAACGUACCACAUGGCUUCUGGUUUUGGCAAUUUGGGUGGCUGCUGUUUUCUUGGCCAUCCCUGUACUUUUCUACAGAAAGGUGAUUUUUUGGGAAAAUAGGUAUAUUUGUUUAAUCCUUCAUCCCACAACCAAUCAUUUGAUCUUCCACAAUCUCUUCGAAACCAUCACUGGGUUUGUGGUGCCUUUUGUUGCCGUGCUCUACAGCUACGGAACCAUCGGCCUACGGCUGAAGGAGACCCGUUUCCGUCGAAAACGCCGUACAAACCACCUCAUUGGACUUAUCGUGCUGGCCUUUGCUAUUUUCUGGCUCCCUUAUCACACGGUGAACCUUCUGGAUGUGGCUGCUGUGUGGAGCGGCUCUGAAAAUGUCAAAAAAGACGCUAAGAUGGCUAGGCCGACCUUGGUGGCUCUUGCCUUCUUCAGCAGUAGCGUCAACCCCAUCCUUUACGCCUUCAGCGGCAGCUCUUUCAUUCGGUCAGCCGGCUUCGGAUUCAUGGCCAAACUCUUUGAAGGAACUGCCUCAGAAGUGUCCAGCUACAGGCGUGGUACCAGCCGGGACCAUCAGUACCAGGCAGACGCCAAGUUGGCCAACUUAAAUAAUGUGAGUCCCGAGUCUAUGACCAUGUCUACUAACCCAGUGGAGAAUGGAUCAUCUCGAGAACAUGAAGAUACUUUUAAACCUCUCAAGUCACCUUGAAAGCCUACUGUUUUGUGGAGUGGCGUGGAUUCUGUGCAUGCACCAAUGGAUUGUCUGACCCAUCGUGGUUUCAUAUUGCGUGCUAGAAAUGGCCUCUCUUUCCAUCCCUCCCCCUCCCAGUUGCCCUUUAUCUGAGAUACGCAGGUCCCACACAUCUGUAAUCUGCUGUGUGGCAUGAAGAUUUCAUUUGGACGCACACAGCUGUCGUAUUGAGAUUUCCCUCAAAGCGCUCGCUCUCAGGCCUAGCAACCAGCUUCCUCAAAAUAUUGCGCGCCCAGCACCUGAAAACUGUGACGCCCUAACUGAAAAUGCAUUACAGAAACUACAUAGAGCUUUUUGAUUAUUCAGUACAAACAUUUAGGCACCAUAAAUGGACACUGUUUGGUUAAAAAGCAAGGUCUACAGGUAGCCAAAGAGAGGGCAUUGAACAUAUGGAGUGUCUCACAUACCACAUUAGCCCACCUAAGCAUCUAGGGGUUGUAGCUGUACUCUAAGUUAGAGUAGACCGACUGAAACAAAGGUGCCUUAAUUAACCAUGCUCAUUUAUUUCAACGAGUCUACUCUGAAUAUGACUCAAAUUGGUCACAAACCCGAAUUGCUGUAUUGGUACUUCCUCUCUCUUUGUGCAUGCUGAAACCUGGCCUCCAAUCUUUUAAAAGUUUUUCUUACCUCACUAAAUAUGCCCCAGUUUUUCUAUCUCAUCCUCAGGGUGCUUUAGAAUUUAUGAUUUCAGUGGGUAUAUGGAGGGUCAAGCUUACCUUAGCAGUGAAAGGUGAAAGAUGUAUUUGUGGGUAGUAUUAACUAAGCUUUACUAAGAGCAGACCCAUUAAAAUUAAUGGACCUAAAUUAGUCGUAUUCAUUAAUUCCAGUGAGUCUACGCUGAAUAAAAAUUAGGUUUGUUUGAUUUACUUCAAUAAAAGCUUUUUUAAAAUCAUCAUCAUCAAUUCAAUAGGCAUAAUAGAGGUACAAAAAAAUCAGUGCAGUACAUCCAAUGGAGACUUAUUAUUUCAAACUUGCCAUAUUUCCAAAAGUGAAAAUUCGGACACAAAAGUUGUUUCCCCGUACAUUUCAGCUGCUUUGCGAAAAUUUCACCCAGGCGCCAUUUUUGAAAGACAAAUCCCAGCUAUGUCUGGGAAAUAUCGGGUGUAUAGCAGCCCCAGAAAAUACUCAAGACCAUUAGGAAAACCAGUUUUCCCAUUGUACCACGGAGAGGGAGUCCUAUGUGACUGUAUUUAUUGUAUAUAAGGCAAAAUCAGGGGACUAGAAGGGAGUUUGCACUGUCCCGACUGUCUCACUUCCUCCCCGUUUUCCUUCCUCAUAAGCAACAGUGAUGCACCUGCCCAGAAUUAUGCAUAGUUCCACCUGGUGAGCCAUGCAUAGUUCCACCUGGUGAGGAUAUCACAAGGCUUUCGGGAAUGGCUGGCAUCUGGGGAGGUUAUAGAUUGCAGAUCACCAGAGAGUGGAUUUCUAGAAUGAAAGCAGGGACACUCACAAGCAGUCCUCAGUUCCUUUGAAGUAGGGAUGGAUGGAACCAUUAAUUUCGGGUCUGUUUUCAGUUUUACAUGUGCUAAUUCAUAAAUCCUUUCUAUGCUGCAUCUGCAUCAAUCGGCAUUAAAAAAAGCAACCAGUCUGUAUGGAAAUCUGCAUUUGAAUACACACUUAAAUAUGAUUGUAUCAAAAAAUACAUAUUUAAAUACAUAUUUUAUCUCAAUGUACACACUGUUGAACACAUUUUAUAAUAAAAUAUGUAUUUUG